CCUAAUUGCUCAAGCUUUAGUGGACAAGUAUAAUGAGGAUCACAAUCUUUUGAAGGAUGAUGCCUACAAACUCAAAGAUGUUUUGAACUGCCCAUCAAUUUGUGAGAAACGGAGUUUGUACUAUCAUCUCAACUUCACUGCAAGUAAAGGGGCUAGUCCAAAAAAUUGUAGCAUGGACAAUCUUAUCUUUGCGGAGGUCAUAUGUAUGCCACAAGGACAACAUGUAGAACUGCUGAUCACCUGUUUCUGCACAGUUAAUCCUAAUGACAAUGGUCAGCACUGCUAUGGUUGCACCAAUCGCGGACAUGCUGAUAUGAAGCACCCUGACAGUUCUGUUGAAUACAUUGCUGGCCACUUGGAUGUGGGCUUGCCAUGUGACGGCUUCGCAAAGUGGAGUGACUCUGACAGUGAUGAUGUUAAAUAUGUGAAAGCUAGGGAAGCUGUGUUAAGGCGCCAGUACAAGGGCCUUGAUCAGGAACGUGUUAUUAAGAGACUAAUGACGCUCCCUCCUGGUGUAACUAUUGUUGAUGGCUAAGAAGAGUGCUGGAGUGAAACAUCGGACACUUUCUUGUGACUGAAUAUAUAUUUCGCCAACGGCAGACCUUUUAGUACUAUGCUAUCUUUCUGGAAAUCCGCUUUGUUUGUUCGUGAUGCUAAGAAAAAAGCAUAUUGGAGUGGGUUGACGUUAAGACGUUAAGCUAUUUGUAGCAUGCUACUCUUAAAUAAUAAGUGUCUUCUGUUUUCCGUUGUGGAUA